AUGGUUGGCCUAGGUCCUAGUGAUCAAGGAUGUGAUUCAUUUGAUGUGUGUAUGGUGGCACGUGAAACUACACCGAGUGCGGUCGGCCGUGAGAGCUCCGCACUGAACGUCGGUAAUGACGUUGUUGGCGAUUCGCCAUAUAGUGUGGGCGGCCGUGAGGGCACCACACCUAAUGUCAGUAAUGAUAUUGUUGGCGAUUCGCCGUAUAGUGUGGACGGCCGUGAGGGCACCAAGCUUAACGCCGGUAAUGGUGUUGUUGGCGAUACGCCGUAG